AAUGUCGGCUGAACAUGAACAUAGACCUAGAGACAAUGGCCCCGAGGGCAUGGAGCCAGAUGGAGUCAUUGAGGGUAACUGGAAGGAGAUUGUCGACAGCUUUGAUGACAUGAACCUGCGUGAGAAUCUUCUCAGGGGAAUAUAUGCCUAUGGUUUUGAGAAACCUUCUGCCAUUCAGCAGAGGGCAAUUCUCCCUUGUAUCAAGGGGUAUGAUGUCAUCGCUCAGGCUCAGUCUGGCACAGGGAAGACAGCCACGUUUGCUAUCUCUAUCCUGCAACAGAUUGAUAUUGAGCUGAAGGGCACUCAAGCCAUGGUCCUGGCCCCGACCAGAGAGCUUGCUCAACAGAUCCAAAAGGUGGUUCUUGCCCUUGGAGACUACAUGGGUGCUACCUGCCAUGCCUGCAUUGGUGGCACCAACGUCCGUAACGAGGUGCAGAAGCUCCAGGCUGAUGUGCCCCACAUAGUGGUUGGAACCCCUGGACGUGUCUUUGACAUGCUUAACCGGCGCUAUCUCUCACCCAAAUACAUAAAGAUGUUUGCAUUGGAUGAAGCUGAUGAGAUGUUGAGCCGAGGAUUCAAGGACCAAAUUUACGAGAUUUUCCAGAAGCUAUCUACUGACAUUCAGGUGAUCCUGUUGUCAGCCACCAUGCCCCAGGAGGUGCUGGAGGUCACCACCAAGUUCAUGAGAGACCCUGUAAGGAUCUUGGUCAAGAAAGAGGAGCUGACCCUGGAGGGUAUUCGUCAGUUCUACAUUAACGUGGAGAGGGAGGAGUGGAAGCUGGACACACUAUGUGACCUGUAUGAGACAUUGACCAUCACUCAAGCUGUUAUCUUCAUUAACACACGCCGGAAGGUGGAUUGGCUGACUGAGAAGAUGCAUGCUAGAGAUUUUACAGUCUCUGCUUUGCAUGGAGACAUGGACCAGAAGGAGAGAGAUUUAAUCAUGAAGGAGUUCCGCUCUGGCUCCAGUCGUGUCCUCAUCACCACUGACCUGCUGGCUCGAGGAAUUGAUGUGCAGCAGGUUUCCCUGGUCAUCAACUAUGAUUUGCCCACAAACAGGGAGAAUUAUAUCCACAGGAUUGGACGUGGUGGCCGUUUCGGCAGAAAGGGUGUCGCUAUCAACAUGGUGACUGAGGAUGACAAGCGCACGCUCCGGGACAUUGAGACCUUCUACAACACAACUGUGGAGGAGAUGCCCAUGAAUGUGGCCGACUUGAUCUGAAAACAUCUUUCCACUCCUUUCUUCCCCCACUUAAUUUCUUUUGUCUCCUAUUUGUCUGGACUUGUACAUGCUCGUUUCCCCCUCUAAAUCCACCACCCUGCCCCAAUGAUUAUCACUGUUCACAGCAAGACAUUAUAAAAUCUUCAUCAUGGGUGUCUUUGAAAAGACUUGUGUUCUUUUUAGCAUUUAAAGAUGAUUCGUUAAUUUGGAGUGAGCCUUGUGCAGUGACGCUAUCCCUAUGACCUGUUCCAUCCACCUAUUUUAUUGUUCUGUAUAUUUGUAUCUAUGACUAAAGAGCUGAGCACCAAA